AUGAUCAACAUGGGUUUCUUCAAACAUCCCUGUGGCACAAUGUCAACCAUCGCCCAUAUCAUUCAAUGCGUCAGUUCAUUGAUCGUUCUCGGGAUCACAGCCUGGGCAGUCCGCGACACCAAGACCCUUACAGUGAUCUUCCCCUUGGUGGUGGCGGUCCUCACCCCAAUUGUCUACGCCAUAACACUAAGCACCAGCUGCAUUUCCAGAGGCCAUAGAUGGCAUGUUCUCCCUCUGCUUCUGACCGACGCAGUAAUUUCUUACCUCUGGCUCACUGCAUUCAUCUUCCUGGCUCUGAAUUUCAACCAGGUCAGCUGCACCGUCCACCUCUGGAACAAUGAGACGGUGUGUAGCCGGAAGUAUGCGGUUGAGUCAUUCAGCUUCAUUGCAUUCUUUACUACAGUCGGGGCCAUGGGAUUCGAAGUUUUGUAUACUUACGUGCCGAUGAAAGAUACCUCAAUGCAGGAGAAGGAAAACGGGGUUUCGAGCUUAGAGCAUAAUCUCCGAGGUGCUGGGGUGAUGACCCCUUGA